UAAUCUCUUGUCAGUACUCAAACUGCGUUUGCUUCCCGAGAAACCAUGAGGGAAACGGAAGGAAAACACGAGAAGAAUACGGAAAUAAUGGCACAUAAAGUAGAAGGUAGAAGCAUCGAAAGCUUACCCGACUCCAUUCUUCUUCACAUUCUCUCUUUCCUGGAGAUGAAAUAUGUCGUGAGAGCUAGCGUUGUAUCGAAAAGAUGGAAGGAUUUUUGUUCCUCUGUCCCCAAUCUCAUUUUCUUUCUCUCCAAAUCCGAUCUACUAUCGGAAGAUCGUUUCGAAAAAUUCAUGGAUUCCGUCGAGAGAAUACUCCUCCUUCACGAUUUGCCAACGAUUCAAAAGUUCAGCCUCAGAUGUGCACGAGCGGAGCCGCCUUACAAUUUCAACCGCCUCAAUUCAUUGCUAUGUGCUGUAACUAAACGUAAUGUUGAACAGCUUGAUCUCGAUUUUUUUUCGCCGGACUUCGGGAUUCCUGAUUUGCCUUCAGUACUCUUUACUUGCAAGUCGCUUGUCGAAUUACGCCUCCAUGAUAAUCAUGAUAUAGAUUUUCCGAGCUCUACUUAUUUGCCAAAUCUCAAGACUCUCGAAAUUUCUGUUAUUGAUCCAGGAGAUAACCUAAAUCAGAGGUUUUUUUCUGGUUGUCCCGUGCUAGAAAAUUUGAGUAUAAUCGCGUGCAUAAGCAAGGAUAUGAAUGUAACAAUUGAUAUCUAUGCUCCUAAGUUGAAAAUUUUGAAGACUUUUUUGAGUUUGGGUGUGCGGGGAGGUUUUGCCGAUGGCAGCGAGGUGAAGGUUAUGAUAGAUGCACAAAUUCUUGAGUACCUUAUGAUAGAAGAUAAUUGUGUGGCUUGGUAUUUGAUAAAGAAUCAAUCCUCAUCGCUAGUCACAGCAGAAAUUGAUGUCGGGUUAGACGGAUUCUGGGAGGAUAUGGAAUCUGAUGUUGCAAGUCGUUUACUUGAGCUUUUUAAAGGAAUAUCUCAUGUUAAGUAUCUGGGAUUGCUUGGUGCAACUAUGAGGGGUAUUGGUUGCCUUGAUGGUACUGCUCCGCUCACAUUUCACAAUGUGACCUAUUUGGAGUUGUGUGCUCCUUAUUUGCCAAAGCUGUCGGUAGCUUUUCAAAGCAUGCCUAACCUGGAAUAUUUGGCCGCCUAUGUUGAGAAUCUAGAUGCCAAAGAUGAUGAUUUGGAAGUAGAAAGCGUUGAUUUGAGUGAGGGAGAUAAUCAAUUAAAUGAGGUGUUCAAUUGGAUGAAAUCACAAGUAGUGCCUGGUUGUUUCCUAUCAAAAUUAAGAGUAAUUCAAGUAUGUAUAUUUGAUGGGAAGAAUGAUGAGCUGCAGCUGGUGAAGUAUUUGCCGAAGAACUCCGAAGCAUUCAGCAAGAUGACAAUUCGCCUUUCGAGUUUUCUAUCUGGUAAAGAGUGUCACAAAAUGGCAUCGUCAAGCAUAGGAGCAAGUUGUGAAGGUUUAAUGUUUUGCAAUAGACGAUGUAGAUGUGGGCUAAGAGCAGCGCUCAAAGUUUCAGAAUCUGAACAUAAUCCCGGAAGGCUAUAUUACAAUUGUCCUGAUAGUCGAUGCAACUUUUUUGUGUGGUUGAAUCCUAGCAGUUGGUUUGCUCCUCAAAUUACAAGUGAAGUUAUUGAAACGAGAAGAGUUCAAGAGGUUGCAAAUCAAUUGAGUGAUGACAUUUAUGUUCGACUCCAACGUCUUGAGGCAAAUGAAAGGGCGAUAAAAUUGCUACUGUUACUAUGCAUGUUUGUAUCAUGCUUUAAUUUACUGCUUUUCUUGGUUGUUUUUUUUCGUAAAGUAAAGUAAUGUUGUUGGUUGUUGUAAUGCUAAAAUGAUGUAACUUGUUCAAAUACUCUAUCGAUUAUGUAAUGGUUAAUUU